AUGAGUGCGAAUGGGGUAUUGCGAAAAGACCAGCUCGAACGAAGCCUUCACGAUGAAAAGAAACUGAUAGAGCAAGGUAUCCUUAAGGAGGACAAUCCCCUCGACUUCAGCGAGAACUUUCAGACCUUAUGUGCCGCUUCCAGACGUGGCGAUCUCAAGCUCUGUCAGGAGAUGAUCCAGGAAGGCGUCAAUAUCAAUGCCAAAGACCAAUACGAUUAUACUCCUCUUAUUCUGGCUAGCUUGUGCGGUCAUUACGAGACCGUCCAACUAUUACUUGAAUCUGGGGCGUUAUGUGAGCGAGAUACAUUUCAAGGCGAGCGAUGCCUGUAUAAUGCUUUGAAUGAUAGAAUCCGAAACCUCCUAUUACAAUACGACUAUUCUAAAUCCACAGACCCACUGCAACCGCUUGCCUCCCACUUAGUUUCGCUUUUGACAAGAGAUCACCCUAGGACCUCCGACAUAACUGUCACGACGCCGACCGAAUCAUUUUUGUUACACAAAUAUAUUCUCUCUGCUCGCUCACCCUACUUCAGCAGCAAACUUACCUCCGCCCCGGACACCUCCUCUUGGAAGCUACCACCAACCAUUCCGCCUCAGUCCUUCGGUAUCGCCUUAAAACACCUAUAUCUCGGCGAGAUACCACGUGAUCUCGGUGGUGGCCCUGCCACUGGAUUCAGCGACUCUGAAGUGCUUGCUGGUGUCGAUCGCAUCAGCAAGCAUCUUGAAAUCCAGAAUCUUUCGCGACUCAUUCUCGACAGUAGCGAUCGCAGACUAGCCCGCCAGCGGCGACAGGAUGAGGUUGAAAAGGGUCGAGAUCAAUUGGAAUCCUGGUUCCGAGACAAUGUUCUCAAACACGCCAUUGAAACCGAUGUGGCGAAAGCCGAUGACAUCAAAUGGGAUCGUGAUAACGGCAUCUUCGCAGAUAUUCUCCUUCGCGCCGACGAGGACGAGGAAGAGGAGGAGGAGGAGGAGGAGGCAGAAGCAAUAGACAGGUUCAGUCAAGAACUCUCAAGAAAUAAACCCUCCUCAACCCAUCGAUCCGCCACCGCAGCACUCGGCAUCCCACUCGACACCUCAUCGUCCCGCAACGCCUCUCGCUCCACGUCACGAUCACCUUCACGUGCUCGCUCCAAGGCGCGAAAAUCCAAGAUCUACCCUGCGCACAAAGCGCAACUUCUGCGAUCAGAAUUCUUCACCACCAUGUUCGAGUCUUCAUUCCGCGAAGCGCAGAACACACCGCACCUGCAAAUCAUCAACAUCGACUGUUCGCCCCACGUCCUCGAGAUCAUCCUCACCUACCUGUACACGGAAAAGGCAGACUUCGGGCUCGACGUGGCGGUGGACGUGCUCUUCGCAGCGGACAUGCUGUUCCUGGAAAAGGUCAAAGCCAAAGCAGCCGUCGUUAUCUCUACUCUCGCCAACGGCACCGCCACAGGCAUGUCUAAGGGAGGUGGAAGCACUUUGCCGAAUGGUCUUGAUCCCGAAUCCACAGCAGCGACGUCCUCCUCAGAGGAACUCAUCGACAUCUACUUGAUCCUUCGCGCAGCAUGGUUGACUCGCGUGCAGCGACUGGAGGAAUUCGCUGCACGGUACAUCGCAUACAGGCUUGAAGCGUACAUCGACGACCCGGAGUUCGCCGAGCUGGUGCAAGAAUCUGCCAGCCGCAUCAGUGCCAGGCAGGAGACAGACAGUAUUGAAUUGCUAGACGACAUCCGCUACUACCUGUCUGAACGCUUCCGCUUGCGGUUCGAGGACGUGGGCCUCGAGGAUGCCAUGGACGAAGAUGGCGCGAUGCGUGAGGCGCUUGCGGCUACUGCCACUACGACCGAUGGAUACGUUGCUGCGGUUGCUGCACAACCACCAGAGCAAGACCCUCAGACUGCAACGGGUCAAGCUCCUCUAGGCCCCACGAAACCAACAACAACCAACAGUCUCCCGAUCUGGAGCAGUGCAAACGGGAUCCCACCCAAGGCAGCCGAGGACGAGGGCGUCGCCAUGAUGACCUCAUCAGGUCCCGGGUCCGAACCCGUCACCGUCGCCCCUGACACUGAAUGCCUCCUCCCCAGGGAUGCAGUGCGCACGCUAGACGGCGAGUUAGCCGGAGACGAGUUCGCCGCCGACGCCGUCAACUACCAGAUCCUGCUCGGCAAGAUUGACGCGCUGCUCGAUCGCUUGAAACUCGAUGCGUAG